CAAACAUGUGUGGCUAACGGCCGGAGUCCAAAAGGGAUCUAAGUCCAAAAUACUGACUAGCCGUCUAGCUCGUCAUUGCCCCUGGUUAACCGUGUCUCGGGUCUCGCUACUUGAAAUGGUAGACAAGGAAAAACAAUGAGAUAAAAUAUCUCAGUAAGUAAAAAUAUGGGUAGCCCGUGAGUAAAGUUUAAGCAUGCAUGAUAAACAGUUUAACGUAACAAAACGUUCAAUGAUAAACAGUUAAUGCAAAAUAAGCUUCAGUAGUAGUCUUAUCUAUAAGUCAUGGCCAGUGUUUAACUCCCAUUGGUAGGCGUCAGUAAUAACCAAUGUAUUAUCCCAUUGGCAGGAUUUCAGUAAUAACUAAUGUAUUAUCCCGUUAGCAGGAUUUCAGUAUGAACCGACCCUAUCGAGAGCUGGCUUUUAAAAGCUGCAGCCGGCUCUGGUGAAAUGGAAGUGCAGAAAGCCGGCUCUGGAAGUUGCAGCCGGCUCUAUGGGCAAAAAUUUGAAGACCGUUGCUUGGCGCGCGCGGAGAAAAGACGCAAAGCCAGCUCCAACUUUAUAGCCAGCUCCAACUUUAUAGCCGGCUGUGAAGUGAGUGAUCUCGGAGGUGUAUUGAUUCCUUCAAGAGUGAUCUGUAGAGAGGAUCUUUGGGGUUUACAUUGUAAAGGGGUGAGGUUUGAGAGAAAUACUCAUCUUGUUGUAAAAGGAUUGAGUGGCUUCUUUAAGCCACCCUUGUCUUUCUUAGUAAAGAGUGUGGAGAAAAUCCUUGGAGUUGAUCAAGGAUGGCUCAAUUUCAAGCUUUUCAACCACUUGAAGUUGUUGGAGAAAAGAGAGGUGCCAAAGGAAGAAGUUGAAUGGAAUGAUGAAGACUUGGGGAAGAUCAUGAUCAACAACAAAGCAAUCAACAUGCUUCAAUGUGCUCUCAAUCCAACGGAAUUCCAUAGAGUAUCCGGAUGUGAUACGGCCAAGGAGAUGUGGGACAUGUUGGAGGUAACACAUGAAGGAACAAACCAAGUGAAGGAGUCAAAAAUCAAUAGACUCAUUUACAUGUAUGAGCUUUUCAAAAUGAAACCGGAAGAGAGCAUUCAAGAUAUGUAUACAAGAUUGAAUGAUAUAGACACCAAUCUCAAGGCUUUUGGUAAAGUCUAUCCUUCUCAAGAAGUGGUGAGGAAAGUUCUUAGAAGCUUGCCUAAGAAUUGGGAAGCCAAGAAAACUGCAAUUGAAGAGUCUAAGGAUCUCAACACUCUGAAGCUUGAAGAUCUCAUUGGAAAAUUGAUGACAUAUGAGAUAGAAGUUCAAGUUGAUUGUGGAGUUGAAGUAGUUGAGAAGAAAAAGAAGGAUGUUGCAUUCAAGGUUGGCAACCAAAAGGAAAAGAGUGAAGAUGAUGCUAGUGAUGGUGAAAACAUCUCCACCUUGAUCUUUAGAGAAGUGAGGAGAUUCAUGAAGAAGAACAUCAAGAGCAAGCUUGCAAAAAGAAAUGAAGGAGAGUCUACCAAAAGGAGUGUGAAAUGCUAUGAGUGCAACAAGAUGAAGCACUAUAGAAAUGAAUGUCCCAAUUUGAAGAAAGGCAAGAAGAGCAUGAAGAAGAAAGCUUUUACUAUCACUUGGAGUGAUGAUGAAACUAGCUCAACGGAAAGUGAAAGCUCCUUAGAGAAUGGUGUUGCAAAUCUUUACUUCAUAGCUCAAGAAGAUAGCUACAAUAAUGAAGAGGUAAAAGCACACGAUUUACUAAUGUAUAAUCCUGCUAGUAGGAUAACAGAAACGAAUCGGUUCUAUCAGUAACAAGUCGACAUGUGCUAGCGUUUAUAAACCUCCCACUAACGG